AUGCUAUUUUUCGACACCUUUGUCAAUCGACCCACAAUGUACAUCCCUCAACUUUGCCCAAUUCUUUCCCCAUUUUUCGCUGAUCCCUCAAUCCUCCUCAAAUCAUCCUAUAUCAUUCCGAAUUAUCUUCGAGCUAUGAAAUGUGCUACUCAGAUUUUAAUGAGUAUAAAUAGAAUUUCUUGUGUGAUAUCUCCGAUUUCUUAUGAUUCAAUUUGGAAAAAGUAUCUAAAACUUUCAAUAAUUAUAACAAUAGUUAGCCCAACUCUAGUCACCUGGAACUUGUUUUUAUCUCGAGUUUAUAUAUUCCCAUUAUUCGGUGGAUUUUCCUUCACUUAUUUGAGAUAUAUCCAAUGGGCAAGUUUAUCACAAUUUCAAUUUAUAUUCAUUUCCCUGGCUAUAAUUAUCACCAUAAUUAGCACAAUUAUCACUUUGGUAUAUUUGAUUAUGCUUCCAAUGCGCUUGAAAUCAGCGGAGAGAACACUGUGUUUUGCGAAUCUUACAAUUUCCAUGGCUUUUGUGAUAGUUGCAGGAUUCCAAAGUUUUUUUGCAUUUUUCCCAUUAUUCCAUCAAGAUACACUAUAUUUUCUACAAUUUUUUGGAUAUGAUUUUUUGAAUUUGAGGUGUGCUCUGACAGUUUGAAAAUAUCCCAAAAUGUCUCCUUUUUGCAGUUCUCCAAUAGUGAUAAUUGUGAUAAAUCCUCAACUCCGCGAGCAUAUUUUCAAAAAGCAAAAUGUUAUAAGAGAUUCGGUUAUUGUUAGAGUUUCAGACACUCAUCAUAGUGUAGUUUGA